AAGAGUUGGUAAAACUGCAGCAAAUUUGAGUUGUUUACGUCAACAUGGCGGAAUACGGUGAAGGAACUGAGGGCCGACGAAAAUGGUUUAUCCCUUUAGAGAAGACGGUGUUGACAGCGUUAAUAGAGCAACACAAAGACGUAGUGGAGUCUAAGAAGAGAGACGGAGCAUCUAACAGAGAAAAAGAACAAGUGUGGGAAGUGAUAGCAGCACAAUUCUCAGCUCAUCCCUCAACCCAACCCAGGAGCAGCCGGGAGCUGAGGCGCUGCUGGGAAAACAUGAAAGCCAGAGCCAAGAAGGCACUAGAGAGUGAUAGAGCAACACGAAACGGAUCAGAAGAUAAUCGAUCUGUACCAUCGGCUGUUACACCUGAAGUAGAGGCUGUUCUCAAUGUGCUCAAUCCCUGUAUGCUAAAUUCUGAUGAUGAUGUGAAAACUGUUGUGGUGAAUCCUCAGGAUAUGGUUCCAGAUUGUUUGCUACCAGAAACUUCAACAAACUCCACUGUCAGAAUGGAUGGCUUUCAGACUGGGCAAUCUUCUGCAUCAGAUACCUCUCAGAACUGUGAGCAGACCUAUUAUGAAAAGCCAAAUGCAGAUUUAACCCCAAAUAUUGGCCCUUCAAGACGAACAAGAAAGCAAAAAAUGGACCAGUUAUGUGAUGAAGACAUUCUUCUUGCUCAGAUACAAAUGCAGCAGGCUCAGCUGUCGAUAGAAAACUUAAGAUUAGAGCGUAAAACUCUACAAGAAAGAUACCAGCAGCAGCGGGAAGCUCACGAGUGGCAGCGACAACAGCAUGAGGCUAACUUGAAUUUGGCAAUGUUGCAAAUUAAGUUUUGGGAAAAGAAAACUGGUUAUGGAGAUAUGGAAACAUAAUGCAGAAAGUAAUAGAUGGUAAAGAAUAGUUAAUGAAAAUCAGUGAAUUUUUUUUUUUUAGAUAUCAUGCAGUCUUUAAAAUGGAUACUAGAUUGUGAUAGUGUAAAUUGUAGGAAAUAUGUACCUGAAAAAACAAAAACAAAAAAACUUGUGCAUUUAAGAAAUAUGAGUGUGGUGGCGAGGUUAAAUAAUUGAAAGACUGUGUUUAUUUUAGUGAAUACUGUUAUGUGAAGAUAAGUUGAUCAUUAUGUAUGUGAAGCUUGAACACCUGUGCUUUAAUACUGGGCAGUGGUGCACCUACAGUAUACUGUAUAUAAUAGACAUCAGACACUGAUGCAUUUACAAAGUAUAUUGUUCUGUUUCUAAUUUUAUUUUUUGAAAAUAAGUUUAUGGAUGAAAUCCAAAUUUUUGUUAUAUCUGAAUUUUGUUUAGUAAUAUGUUAAAAUAUUUUAACAUUAAGCCCAAGUGGCAAGUUUAUCUCACUGUAUUUAUGCUUGUGCAUUGUCAAUAAAUUCUGUGAUGGGAUAUGUUUGUGGAACCAUGGAUAUGAUUAUUAUCAAAAUUAUUGAUUGCACAAAACACUGGGCAUUGAGGGAAAUGAAAUGAUUACAUUAGCUGAUUGAAGUCGUAUGUUGAUGCAAACGAUUUUGUCCAAACCAUACCUAGAGUACAGAAGUGUGCUUCAUCAUUUCUUUUGAAGCCAUGUGCCUAUGGGGAGUAUAAAUGGACACACUGCUUUUCUUAAGACUUUUUUCCAUUGGUAUAGCAUCUUAUGGGUAAUCAACAAUAGUGGGUUAAGUCUGUUAAUUUUAUUUGAUGCUUUAGGUAAACCUUGAUCUUAGUAAAUACUCUUAGUUCCAUAGCAGGUUUAAUACAUAUAGUUAAAUGUCUGAAGCACUGUGUGUAUAUUUAUCCCCAAGAUGCCUUCUCAUUCUAUGCAGCGAGAUGGUUGAUGCUAUGCUUCUGCACUUUCUUCGGAGGUACUACUGUCAAUGUACGUGCAGUCCUUGCUAUGUCCUUUCAUUUAACAUAGUCAUAAAAUCUCUCCAUUUUUUUUUUCAAGCCAGUGUUGUGAUUCUACUACUAUAAGUGGAGGUAACUUACUUGCUUGCUUAGAGUAGUAAGUGUGACAACUGCUAAGCUCAGGAAGUUUGGUGCUCAUUUUGUCCUGUGAAAAAUUAUGAAUAGGAUGGAGUUAUACUGUAGUGUAAUGAAUUAUUUUCCUGGUGAACUUAAUUUGAGCUGAUAUCCACACAGGCUUAAGUGUUUCCUUCUGUGUUCAGCAGAUAACUGUGUAGGCCUGUAAUAUCCAUAGUGCAUAUUUGGAUAUUUAGUAAUCAUUCCUAAAUAUAUAAUAUAUAUAGUAUAUAUAUAAUGUAUAUUAUAUAUAAAAUAUAUUAAUAAUACUAGGUGAGUUGCUCAUUUCCUCAAACCGUAACUGCUCUGUUACAAAUUUAGUUACUAGUCUCUGUAAAUCUUUGCAGCUCAUCAGAAUGUACAAACCAGUGCAAUCUCUUGAUAUGUACAAAUAAGUGCAGAACCUCAGGAUACCCUUUGAU